UUAUUAAGUAACUCACAAGAGCAUCAACAAAGUAAGUUGUGGUGCUGGGAUUGGAGAACAAAAUGGAGCUAGGAGUUGCGAUGAUAAGUUAAAGAAAUGUGAGAGUAAAAGUAGGUGAAUGGGGUUAUUAUAGGAAAGAGAAUUUUUUUUACAAGGAUAGUUUUGGCAUUACGAGUUUAGAGUUACAGGGAGAAUUUUAAGAGGUGCUUGGAGAAGCCCCCGCAUUUCCUGGUUCAAUUCGAUUCAAAAUUUCAAUUUGCGAAGAUCUUCUUCGAUGGAUCGCCGGAAAAGCAGCAGGAAAACGACGGCGUCGAAAGCCUCAACCGUGGAAGCGUCACCUUCAAUCUCAGUUUCUGAGGCUUUUAUAGUAAACGCGUUGUGCGUCGUUGGUCUGGCCUUCGCAUUUUGGGCUGCCAACACUGACUUCUCCAUCGACAUCGUUUCUCAUUCUUCUCUCACACUCUUCCUCAUCUCGAUUGUAGAGCUCCCGAUCGUGAUCCUUCUAUACAGUCGAUAUCGACAAAAUCCCCAACAAUGCUCGUACCUAAGAGCUGUUGGAAGAGGUGUUCUUGGGGUGCCUGUAGGGGCAUUGUUGAAUUUUUUAGGAGCUAUCGCUUUGGGGGCGCCUGUUAAAUUUCAGUAUCUUCCAAAGACUAUAAAUUGGGCUCUCAUGAUGUCGGUAUUCACGGUAAGUGACUAUUUCAUUUCUGUUCUGUAGCAAUUACAGCUUCUGGGAGAUUGUUUUGAUGUUUUUAAUUGGACAUGUGAUAAGCACCCAAAAAUUUUGGGGGAGCCAGUCUUUAAAACUAGCCAU